UUGUACCGGUUUUUUCAGGUGUGGCCACAUAAGGAAUUUCCACUGAUCGAAGUUGGCAAAAUUGUACUCAAUAGAAAUCCGGACAAUUAUUUCGCGGAAGUAGAACAGGCUGCAUUCUCCCCUUCUCGCCUUGUACCUGGCAUCGAAUUUUCACCCGAUAAAAUGCUACAAGGCCGUAUCUUUUCAUAUCAUGACACUCAGGUUCAUCGAAUUGGACCUAAUUAUAUGCAGUUGCCCAUUAACUGUCCUUAUCGAGCCCGUGUGCGGAAUUACCAGCGCGAUGGUUUCAUGACUUCUGCAAGUCAAGUCGAGCACGCCGACUGCAAGGAAAGUGUAUUUGCCGUGACUGGAGAUGUGGAUCGUUAUGAUUCGGGAGACGAGGAUAAUUUCACCCAACCGAGAGAACUGUGGCUUAAGGUAUUUCCUCUGCUGCGACAUUAA